AUGGCUCAAGCAUACGAUAGUUAUUACAAUGAUUAUCAUAAAAAUACUGAAUUACAAUUAAAUCUAAAAUAUAAGAAAAAGUAUAGGAAACUCAAAAGGAUUGUGAAGAAUACUGUUUUUGAAAAUGCAGCUCUAUGUGAUCAAGUCGCGCAUAUGCAAGAAAAUCUUAUGGUUGUUAAAGAAGAGAGACUGUUUCUUCUACGAAAAUUAUGUCAACAUCAAGGGGAGAUGGAAUCAAACUCUCUGGUAGCACGUUCACAGUCAAAUAAUAUAAAUUCACCAUCAUUUAAUCCAGAAUGCACUACACCAAAAAAAGCGGUAAAAAAGAAGACUUCCACAGAUGGAUCAGAGUCAAAGAAUAAGGCCAAAAGAUAUAACAAAACUGCCAGAAGAGUAGUGCAAUCGAUUCCAUUAGAUGUACAUGGAAGGCCAAUACUUCCCGUAGCCUUAGGAGAUCUUACAAUAUAUUCUCUUGGUGAAGUGGUAUCAGACAGAAUUGCAUAUCACACAGAAGACCUUAUAUUUCCAGUAGGUUAUUGUAGUACAAGAGUGUAUGCCAAUUUAAGAGAUCCAAGAACAAAAAGCUUAUAUACCUGCAAAAUACUAGAUGGUGGACCAAAACCUAGAUUUGAAAUAGUAUCUGAUAAUGAUUUGGAUCAACCAUUAGUCGGAUGUAGCCCUGACGAAUGUCAUUCAAAACUCUUAGCAGCAAUUUCUCCAAUGCUUUGUUCGAUAGCACCAAAGGGUGCAGAUUUCUUUGGAAUUUCUCAUCCUACCAUACAAAAUUUAAUACAAAGUUCUUCAGGAACGCGCAAAUUAGCCAUGUACAAACAACAACGUUUUGAAGUAAGCAAAAAUCAUGUCAUCGAACGAGCUGCAAGUCCAGUAACAGAAAUGGAAACUGAUCCAGGACUUGGUUUUGCAGCAUUGCACAGACAUUAUGCUUUAAAUUCUUAUAGAGUAAAAGAAGAACCUUCAGAUCAUGAUCUAUUAACACUUCAAGAUCUUCUUGCAUGAUUAUUAAUAUUAUAAGUCUAACAUACAAUUAAACAUGAUUUAAAAUUAAUAAAAUUUUUCACAUAUCCCCACAAAAUAUAUUUAAAAACAAAAAGAUUGAUUGAUUCGUAUAUUAUAGCUUAUU